AUGUCUGCAAUCACACCGCCCGCUCCAUUCAACCCAACCGGGGAAGAUUGGGAAGCUUACAUGGAGCGAUUCUAUAUGUUCAUGGAGGCGAACGAUCUGCUGAGCUUAUCAGAGCAGAGGAAGAGGGCCCUUUUCCUCACCCAUUGCGGCCCAGCAGUUUUUAAAAUGGCAAAAGCGCUUGCCGCCCCAGCCGAUCUGAAGACCAUGACCUGGACAACGUUGCAAGAAAUACUCAAGGCACACUACGCACCGCAAGCAUCAUCCCUGGUAAGAAGGUAUGAGUUUUAUUGGAGGGACCAAAGAGAGGGAGAGACAAUCAGUGCGUUCGUGGCGACCUUGCGGGAAAUAGCUGCUGCAUGCGAUUUCCUGAAUCUAGAAGAGGCCAUGAGGGACCGUCUAGUACUGGGACUGAGGGACCUCACGUUACAGAGUAGGUUGCUGGCCCGGCCUCAAAUUACAUUCAAGGAGGCCUUGGAAGAAGCAUCCGCAACCGAAGCUUCCCAGAAAUCGGCGGCGGCUAUGAAGAAAAUGAAAAGCGGGCCGCCCGUAAAGGAGGAGGCGGCCGUGCACUAUGAAAGAGUGGAAUCGGGUUCGGAGGAAGAGGACGAGGAGGAUGAAGUCCAUCACCUCCAAGCCGAUCGCAAGGAGAGACAACAGGGGAAGAGAGAGGCCUGGUGCUCGGGAUGCGAAGGGAACCACCCGAGAGCCGAAUGCAGAUUUCGGGACGCUAUCUGCCAAAGAUGCGAAAAGAAAGGGCACAUAGCGAGGGUCUGCAGGGCAUCCCAGCCAGCCUCAAGGAAGACCAGACCCCCCCGAUCGCCAACAAACAACAGAAAAUUCCAGACAAGUGGGAAGAGACAACCGUUUGGGCGAGGACAAAGAAACGAUGACCAUCGGGCGGAUCGAGGCGAGACCCAUCAAACCAUCGUGAUCAGCCAUGCCAGUGCGGGAAGGGCAAAUAAGAUGGCGGCAACAGUCUUGAUCGAGGGGAGACCCUGCAGAAUGGAGGUGGACUCGGGAUCCAGCCUAUCGAUGCUAUCCUGGAGAACAAUCAAGAAGCUCCUGCCACACAUCACAGCCCGCGACCUCAAACGACAGCGCCUCACCCUCAUCGACUACCAAGGGAACCGAAUUCCUGUGGUAGGCAUUGGCAAGUUCAACGUAGCCUACAAGACAUUCAAAGCCACGCUACCCCUCACGAUUGUGGACAGAGACCGGCCCAGCCUGCUGGGCAUGGAGUGGUUCGAGCCAUUGGGGCUAGCCAUCACCGGCGUCGAUCACAUCGGAAACGACACCUGGGAGGAGGACCUGAUGAGGGAGUUCGCAGAGGUCUUUAACAACGAGCUAGGCAAGUACAAAGGGUCCCCAAUCUCAUUCAAUUUAGACCCCCAGGUAGCCCCAAUCCGAAUCAAACCCCGGAGAGUCCCUUUUGCGCUACAGCCAAAAAUAGACGAACAAUUAGAUAAACUGGUCGCGCAGGGAGUGUUAGAGCCAAUAGACCACGCGAGAUGGGAAACCCCCAUCGUGACACCGAUUAAACCGGACGGGUCAGUACGCUUGUGCGGAGACUAUAAAAGUACAUUAAAUAAGGCGCUCCAACAAAGCGCAUACCCUGUACCAGUAGACCAACACCUCUUGCAUUCCUUGGGGAGGGGAAGAAUCUUCGCAAAAUUGGAUUUAGCACAAGCAUACCAGCAGCUGCCCGUAGAUGAAGCCACCGCGGAAGCACAAACCAUCGUUACACACAGGGGCGCAUUCAAAUGUAAGAGACUGCAAUUUGGGGUGAGUGUAGCGCCCGGGUUUUUCCAAAGCCUGAUGGAACGACUCCUACAGGGAAUCGAGGGAGUCGUCCCAUAUUUCGACGAUGUAUUAAUAUCAGCAAGGGACACGACUCAAUUGAAGCAGCGGCUGAGGGAGGUGCUGACAAGGUUCCAGAAAGUGGGACUCAAAGUUAAAAGGGACAAGUGCCAACUAGCAGAGACUCAGGUCGAGUUCCUGGGAUACUUGAUAGAUGAGUCGGGAAUUAGACCCACCCCCGGGAAGCUGAGAGCGAUCAAGGAAGCACCCCCCCCCAAAAAAAUAAAACCAAACUGCAGGCAUUUUUGGGGUUGCUUAACUUUUAUAAUAUCUUCCUACCGCAGAAAGCUACCACUGCUGAACCACUCCACCGGCUACUGGACAGGAAGGCAGAAUGGAAAUGGGGGGAGCGAGAGAGGAAAGCGUUCGAAGACAUAAAGAACCUUUUAACGUCAGACAGAGUUUUAGUGCAAUACAGCGGGACAUUACCCAUAAGACUAACUUGCGAUGCAUCCCCCUUCGGCAUCGGAGCUGUA